AUGACUAAAAAAGCCCAGCUCACUGGUGUGCUGUUGCUUCUCGCGAUUGUUGGCGUCAUCGUCGGUGUAAUAGUAACUCGACAGGCCAGCAGCUCAGCAAACAAGUCGUCGGGUGCUGCUGGCGGUCGGUCGGGAGUUACUGACUCUGAUGACAGUCCAUCCAGUAAGGGCACGUUUGCCAAGAAGACAAAAUUUACGACCAGUAGCUCUAGCUCCGGCAGCAGUUCCAUCACAUCGGACCCAACCUCGGCAAAGUAUACGCUUACGGCCUUUGCCAUCGGUGACUGGGGUACUACGGUCACACAAGACUCGUGCUGCACUCGUUCGUCCACUUUCAAUAACUAUGAUAUCAAUGCCGAGGACAUUGUGGCCAAUAUCAUAAACCAGCAAGCAUCCGCUGCGUCGGCACCACCAAAGUGUAUUCUCAGCCACGGCGACAACUUCUACUGGACGGGCAUUGACAGCGAAGAGAGCCGUGAUAUGCGUUUUGCAACCACAUUUGAAGGCAAGUACGACGGGUCAAACAUCAAGAACGUGCCGUGGGUCAAUGUGCUUGGUAACCACGACUACGGUGGUGCUAGUUAUAUCUGCUCGGAUAAAAAAGGUCUUGCAAAAUGUUCGUCCGCCGACGAAUUGGUGAAGGCACUUUCAAACAAGUUCUCCUGGCAGGCAGACUACACGAGCCCAAACGACAACCGCUGGAUUUUGAAGGAUCACUUUUACGUGUACACGAUCAAAGAUAAAGCCUCGGGUGUCAGUAUCGACAUUUUCAAUGUUGAUGCUGGUGAUGCCAGUAUUCACGGUGCUCAACAGACGUGCUGCCAAUGCUACGGUUACGCCAAAGGUAGCGACACGAAAUGCAAGAACGUUAUCCGUGGUGACAAGCUAUGUGCGGGUGGUGAUACCAAGAUGUUUGAUGCGUGUUUUGACAAAUUUACCGAGUGGAGUGACGACUCACGCAAACAACUUGCCAAGGAGGUGGCUGCGUCCAAUGCAACGUGGAAAAUCGUCAACAGCCACUACUCGCCCUACGCUCACUACGAUGAGAGAGGCAUGAAGAAGUGGAUCGAUAUCCUUCAAGACUCGGGCGUCCAGCUCUGGAUGAAUGGCCACACACACGGUGAAAGCCACGACUAUUUCUCUUCACUCCAGAUUCACUUUGUGAACAAUGGUGCAGGUGGUGGUAUCCAGAAGGAGUCUGCUAGCGGUAUUCCAGAAUUUGCUAAGGGCUCUGUUGAGGCCUUAUGGGCUUACGGUGGCCAGGAGUAUGGUUUCAUGUCCGUGGAGGCAUCUGCAGAGUGGCUGAAGCUACAAUACCAUACGGCCGAUGACUCGUGGGUGUUUGCGAAGAACUUCAAAUCGACCAAAGUUGGUGGUGUAGCGACAAAGCACUGUUGGUACAUUCCAAUUGACGGCAGCAAUGGCAAGAAGUGUUCAGCUGAAAGAGACAAGUGA